AUGGAAAUCACCGGGCCCGUCAACCUGAUCUACAACCUCUCUCAGGCCUCACCCAGCUUCUUUGAGCUACCAGCUCAAAACCGACUUGCCGCUUCACUUUACUGCAUCCACUAUCUGAACCGCGCAGUGAUCUCACCCUUUUUCUCAGCCCCAAGCAUGUCUCCAAUCCACGUUUUCAUCAUGUGCAGCGCCAUGGGAUUCAACUGGCUUAACUCCGCCUGCAUAUCUGGUUGGCUGCGCGGGUACUCAACCCCUAUCCUCGGAUUCCAUACCCAAGGAGCUCCAGCGUUAGAUCCUUCGAAUUUCAGCUUUCCACUCGUGCAGAUAUUGGGGUUCAUCGGCACGAUCUGUUUCGGCCUUGGAAUGGCAGGUAACAUCUACGCCGAGACCGCACUUUUCCGAUUGCGAAGAGAGUCAGCAGAACAACGCACAUCCAAGAAGUCAGAUUCCAAGACAACUGUGACCAUUACGGAUUCCCACUCGGAUACAGGCAACAAGUUCCACAAGGUUUACGUCAUUCCUCCCGUUGAGGGCGUCUUUCGUACAAUAUUGUACCCGCAUUAUGUCUUCGAGUGGCUUGAAUGGGUUGGAUUUGCUCUUGUCGGUACGACUGUCUUUCCUAUCCUUGGGAAUAUGCAGUCUACACCGCCCCUUCGUCCUGCGCCGUGGAUUUUCCCUGCGGUUUGGACGGCUGAUCUUCUAGGUAUUCCGCUCCCAGUCCCAGCUGUGCUCUUCGUGAUCAAUGCUGUUGCGAAUAUGCUACCUCAUGCGCGCUGGGGACGCAAGUGGUAUGUGGAGAAGUUUGGUGAGAAGGGUGUUGCUGGACGGGGAGCUGUUGUUCCUGGAUGCGCUUGGAUGUGA